GCAAUAUUCUUCCUCCAAACCAGCUUGAGUCAGAUCGAUUUGACAUUUUGAGUCGACUAGACGAAUAGCUUGCCCACCCCCAAUCUAUUACUUUCUCGGAUCCCCCAACUCUCCGACUGUGUCCGUCUCUCUUUCAUAAUUGUUGUUCUUUGCCAUCUUAAACACCAUCUCACUUCUAGGCAUUUCCACGCAAAUGCUCAAAAUUUCCUCUCUCCCGUUGUGUGUGAAAGAGAGUAAAAUUAUGACCCACUAGAAGACUUGAAACGGUCACCUAAUCCAAUGCUGGUUGCUAAAUUUUCACAUUAUACUCUGAUAACUCACAGAUAUACAUAAUACGAAGACAGAUGUUAAGCUGCUAAAUUUAACUCACUAGGGGUUUUAAAAGACCCAAUCUUGAAGCUUUAAUGAACUGUUUCCACGUUGAAUAACAGCUUUUUGCUUUUGGGUCUACAUAAUGUCGACUUCAGAAAUAUCCCAGGUAGACUUAGAAUGCGGCGAAGACGGCGUCGAGGAGGAGGAAGAGGGUAUAGUUUUUCUCUCCGACGCCGAUGAGGGCUCUUGUUACUCUCAGUUUUACUCCACGGUUGAUGGGGAGGGUUCUUAUGAUGAUUACAGCAUUGCCUGUGGCUCUGAGUGCGGUGUGAUUUUGGAGGAAGAGGUUAUGGAUUCUAGGAGAGUUUCAUCAGUGGCUGAUUCUGAUUCUUCUGAUUGUUCAGUGGAUAUAGAAAAUGGUGGGUUUGGAGAAAUUAAGGUGCAUUUGGAGAGGGUUAAGAGAGAUUGUAGGAUAUGCCAUUUGAGUUUGGUGAGUAGUAGCCCUGAAUCUGGGGUUGCCAUUGAGUUGGGCUGUUCUUGUAAGGAUGAUUUGGCUGCUGCUCAUAAGCAUUGUGCAGAAACUUGGUUCAAAAUUAAAGGGAACAAGACUUGUGAAAUAUGUAAUUCAAUAGCACGCAAUGUUGUUGGCCCGAAUAGUACUGAGGGUGCACAACAAGCAAAUGAAACAAAUGCUGUCGAAACAAAUACAUCAUCAGCUCCAGCUUCCCUGGUUACAGACAGUCGAAGUUGCUUAAAUGGUCAUCGGUUUUUGAAUUUUCUUCUUGCUUGCAUGGUAUUUGCUUUUGUCAUAUCUUGGCUUUUCCACUUUAAUAUCCCAUCAUAAAUAUUGUAAACAGUUCACAAGACCAGGAAGCCUCUGAAGAUAAGUGCAGACUAGCAAAAAUACACUUACUAGUUGGCAGAUACCAGUUAUAAACUUCCGAGUCGUAUCUGUACUUUCGACUUUGACAAAAAUUUGCAAUUAAUAUGCAAUAUGCAUAUACAUUGUUUAGCUGUGACAUUUCCAGAUGUUAAGUCUUUGAAUCUAUAUAUUUUUUACUUGUUCUUGAA